AAUAAUGAAAAAAAAAAGGGUUCAGUGACUAACCACCAUCAAGCGGUUUGGGUGUCGUUAGUUAGUAGGGGCUGGGAAAACCUCAUCCUCCGAUGACCAUUCUAUCGCCGGCGGAAUAUGAGCCUCUUAUUUCUUCGAUCGUGGUCGUCGUUGAGGCCUGCUAUUAGGACUCCAGUCUCGAUCUCCAACUGCAGCAGGAGCAGGAGCAGCAGCAUCCGAGAGGGAAGAAUUUGCUGCUCACGAGCCUCAGGGCAUGAUGUAUUAUUAUCAUCAUUCCUUUGGAGACCUCUCACACGCACAUUCAGCUGGCAGAUAAUUGCCAGGAGCUAUUCGUCGACUCCAUCCAAACAGGCGCCCAGUGCUACGCGCAAUCUAAAUAGACAUGGGGAAACGAUUCUCGUUGAUGGAAAGCUGCCCAGGGGAUAUGUCUUUGUGCCUCCUGGGAAUAAAUUUAUGCUUCGCCAGUGCCGCAGAUUGAUGCGUACAGCCAACGACAGGAGGACGAUAUUCGUGCAGCAGCAUCGCAAACCCCCCAACCCAGCGCAACCAGGCAUCUACGUGCCACACGAAAUCGCCUCACAAGCCGCGCAGGACCUGGCAAAACUCACCGCGGCCCUCGACAGCACGAUCUGGAAGAAGUGGGCGCACGAGUACCCGCGCAUGCCAGCGGCCGAUAAGACGCAGCUGCAGCGGCUCGUGUCGGAGAAGAACGGGGAGGCUAUCGCGAACUUUUCGAGGCAUGUGGCCCAGUCCACGCUUUGGGGGUAUGUCAGCCGCACGUAUACUUCGGAUGAACAUCUUGUGCUUUCGGCGGCGAGGGAUCCUGAGGCUGUGCUGAGGGUGCGGGAGAGGAUUGAUGGUGUGUUGGAGUCGUGGCGUGGGUGAUUUAUUUAUAUUUAUAUUUUUUUACAGUUGGAGUUUGGCGGGUUGGUAUUCUAUAUAUAUAUAUAUAUAUAUAUAUCUCUCUCUCUCUUUUUUUUGCGUGUUCACUAUCUAUAUAUUAUGCGAUGUAUAUAUGAUUGUGAUUGUAUUGAUAUGUUCUAUACAUGUAAGAAUUUCUGCUGUUGGAAUUUGACUAGAAAUAGAUCAGGAGUUUAAGCUCUUGUUAAAAUGGGUCACAAAUUCAUUAUUGUCUGGUAGUUUUUUUGAGGUGCACAACUCUAGUACUUUCGCGCAGAAACCGC